CAAUUAAAAAUAAGUCACGAGAUAAAAAGAGAAGGAAAUUAAGCAUGCAAGUUCAACGAAAAGACCUUUUUUUUUCCCUUUUCCUAUGAAGAUCAAAUUAAAACUUUAUAAAACCCUAGUUGCGAGCAGAAGCUAACAUAACGCGGACUUGAUCAUGGAAUCUACAAAUUCAGAGAUGUCCAAACUAAAGAAAGGUGCAUGGACUCCUGAAGAAGAUGAGAAGUUAAUUGCGUAUAUCAGGAGCCAUGGCAUAAGGAGUUGGAAGCAGAUGCCCGUAUCCGCUGGUUUAUCAAGGUCAGGGCGGAGCUGCAGAGCUCAUUGGAUGAAUCAUUUGAGGCCGGAUAUAAAACGCGGAAAUUUCACCCUGGAAGAAGAUCAAACCAUACUCAAUCUGUACUCAGUAUUAGGAAAUAAAUGGUCAGCCAUUGCAACACACCUACCAGGAAGAACAGAUGAUGACGUAAAAAACCACUAUAAUACCCACCUGAAAAAGGUGCAUACAAGGCAACUGAGGCAAGGAAACAGAACAUUCCUUUUUGAAGAUGAACAAAUGAGUAUGUCUGCAAUUGGUGGUGAUGAUAAUUCAUAUUCUACAAGUUAUAGUGAUCAUCAAGCAGAAUCAGAAUCAGAAUCAGAAUCAUCGUAUUCAGUAAGCUUCAACUCUCAUGGUAUUUCAUCAAUGUCAUCGAAGUGGUCUACAACUAAUCAUUCUUCGUCAAACUACUCGACCCAUGCGACUCGAUCACUUGCUAAAAACAAAAACAUGGACAUGGACAUGGAAGAGAGUAGUGGCUCUUUUGAAGCACCAAAGACCUCUCAACUUUAAUGCCAUGCAUUCUAUUAUUUAUGUAUAUUUGGUAUAAUUUGUUAAAAUGGAAGGCGGAGAACGGUUUUUACUUCAGCAAAUUACACUGGAAAAUAGAUUUCAUGUUAGCAAAUUAUACCGGAUUUUAAAACGGUGUAUCAAUUUAACAUAAAAUGAAAAUGGGUGUAAAUUUAAUAGUUUUAG